CAUCACGUGGUAGAAGUCUCUUCCGCAUUGGGCGGUCUCGUGACAACAGCUUUGAGUCCUGCUAGCUAAAUGAAAAUAUAUCUGAUUAAAACAUUCAACUGAAAAAAAAAAGAAGUAAAAAUGCUUUCUCGUUUACUAAAGGAGCACCAAUCAAAGCAGAACGAACGAAAAGAACUUCAAGAGGGACGUAGACGAGAGGCAAUUACUGCUGCCACCUGUCUAACAGAAGCCUUGGUGGACCACCUCAAUGUCGGGGUGGCCAAGGCGUAUGUGAACCAGAGGAAGCUGGACCAUGAGGUGAAGACGUUACAGGUGCAGGCCGGACAGUUCUCCAAGCAGACUGGCCAGUGGAUUAGUAUGGUGGAAGGCUUCAACCAGGCCCUGAAGGAAAUCGGUGAUGUGGAGAACUGGGCACGUAGUAUUGAGAUGGAUAUGAGAACCAUCGCCACAGCUCUGGAGUACGUACAGAAGGGACAGCUCACAUCAGCCUCUUCAUAGACACUCUGAACCCAAACCCAGAACCCAGAACCGGUGGACUGCUGCUAGGGCCAGUAGCUGAACCAUCUCACUGUGAAGGAGUGGGUGGAUUUACUGUGGAUACCAGAAUCCCGAUAAGCCAUCUCAAAGGAUGAUACGUGGCUUCAGAGAUGACUUUAAGGCUUGUCCAGUGUUCAUGAGUGACACAUUGUGUUACAGUAGGUAUGUCUAUGGACAAAUAAACCUUAUUGAUCAGAGCAUCUAAGGCCCGUCGCACAAUGUUGUUUUGUUAACAACACUCAAAUUGUUAAAAGGUCUAAACCACAUAUAUUAACCUCGUGGUGGAAAUAUAUAACUGGCCUCCUGCUAUGUGUAAUAUUGGGCCAGAACCUCACAUAUGGUCCAUGUGAAUUUAGUAACACUCCUAAUAAUGAUUUAGCCGUUUACACAAACAUUGUUUCCCCAGUGAGUCGAUCAAUGUGGGAGAACAAGACACAGCAUUUCUAACUAAUCACUUUUGUAAGAUCUUCUCCUGUGAAGAUGAAUAGUUCAGAUUGGGGUGCUAGUCUCUCUAAAAGUUCUUCCAUUUCCCUAUUCCCAUGAGGAUGAACAGGACAGCUAGCUAGGCGUGGAACAAAAGAGGCCUGUUUUGUGUAAAAGUAGCGUGG